UGCUUCUUCAGAGAAAUGCCAAGACAAAAACAAGCAAUACACAAAAAUAGAGAGUUGGAAAAAAGAAAGGAAAAACAGAGCUUUGGAAAAUGGAUAUGCAAUCGCAGAUGACACGUCCUUAUGGUCAUGAUCAAGCAGAGGAUCCAAUCAGAAUUCACCAUCCAGAAGAAGAAGAGCAUCAAGAGAAAGGAGCAACUAAAGUGUUGAAGAAAGUGAAGGAAAAAGCAAAGAAGAUCAAGAACAGUCUAACUAAACACGGCCAUGGUCAUGAACACAAUUACGAUGUGGAGGAAGAAGAUGAUGAAUACGACGAGCAAGACCCAGAAGUGCACGGCGCACCAGUGUAUGAAUCUUCCGCCGUGAGAGGCGGUGUAACGGGUCAACCCGGAGAGACUAAUGUUCCGGCACCGGAUGAGGUCAUUCCACCAGGGACACAAGUUUUCCCGGGUCAACCCGGAGAAACUAAUGUUCGGGCACCGGUCGAGAUCAUUCCGCCGGGGACAAGAGUUUUUCCGGUAGUGUCUUCCGAUCAAACCGAACCCAUUGAACCUGAACCAUUACAGGAAGCCUCUUACAGACAUGAAGCACCGUCUCAUCCUGUAAGAAUGUCAGAUAGGGAGGAGAGAAGAGAGGCAACGACUCAUCCUCUAGGUGUGCCCGAUCUCUCGGACAGAGGAGAGAGCAGAGAGGCUCACCAGAUGGCAAUGAACACUCCUGUGUCUCUACUCUCAGCAACAGAGGAUGUGACGAGGACGUUUGCUCCUGGUGAAGACGAGUAUCUCGGUGGUCAACGGAAAGUCAACGUCGAGAGGCCUAGAGGGUUGGAGGAAGAUCCGGCUGCUCCGGGACGAGGGGCGGAUUAUCUAAGUGGUGUAUCUAAUUAUCAGACUAAAGUUACUGAUCCAUCCCAUAAAGGAGGUGGAGAAGCUGGGAUACCAGAGAUUGCUGAGUCUCUGGGUAGGAUGAAAGUGACGGAUGAGUCGCAUGUUAAGAAAUCGGGACGAGAUUUUGAGAGAGAUUUUCCGACAAGAAGCCAUGAUUUUGGUCUGAAGAACGAAACUGGAACCGGAAGAGAUUCUCCGGCGGGAUUUGGAGGGGAAUCAGGAGGUGGGAUAGGGAAAGAUUUUCCGACGAGAAGCCAUGAGUUUGAUCAGAAGAAGGAUUCUGGAAUUGAUAAGAAUUGGCAGACGGUAUUAACAAGCGGUUCAAUCGCUGGGCUGGGUGAAGAUUUCCCGGCGAGAAGUGAUGAUGUGAAAGUAGAAACUGGGUUUGGAAGAGAUUUGCCGACGAAGGGAAGCCAUGGAUAUGGCGAGGAAACCGGACCUGGACUGGAGAAGAAUAUUCCGGCGAGAUAUGACGAUGUGAAAGUAGAAACUGUGUUACCAACGGGGUCUCAUGACCAAUUCUCACCGGAACUCUCUCGUCCCAAAGAGAGAAUCGAUUUCGAUUCGAGCUCUGAGGAGACGAGAGAUGAGACGCAUGAGUCGAAACCCAGCACCUACACAGAGAAGAUCGGUUCAGCGACGUCGUUCGUAGCCGACAAAGCCAUAGCUGCGAAGAACGCCGUCGCGUCAAAGCUAGGUUACACCGGAGAAACCACUGGCGCAGGCGGGAAACUCGAGAGGCCCUUGGGAGACGAAACCCUGAAAUUCUCCUCCGGACAACACGAGAGCCCUGAUGUAGAUAAAACUCCGAGAUCAGCCACGGGUUAUGGGCAGAAAGUGGCGAGAAGUGUUACCGAGAAGCUGACUCCGGUCUACGAAAAAGUCAAAGAAACAGGAUCGAACGUGAUGACGAAACUGCCCCUUUCGGGAGGUGGGAGUGGAACAGAGGAGACGCAACAAGUGGAAGACAAAAGUGUGUCCCCUAGAAAUUAUCUGGCGGAUAAGCUGAGACCUGGAGAAGAAGACAAGGCUUUGUCUGAGGUGAUCGCUGAGAAACUUCACCUUGGAGGAGGAGGAGAGAAAAAGAAGACAACGACCAAGGAGGUGGAAGUGACGGUGGAGAAGAUCCCUUCUGACCAAAUGUCAGAUGAGAGAGGACACGAUGUGGUGAUUGUGGAGGAAGGAAAAGGAGGAGGAGGAGGAAUGAUGGGGAAGGUUAAAGGAGCGGUUACUUCUUUGUUCGGUGGUUCGACCGAAGAGGUGAGGCCGAAGUCUUCAGUCUCUGGUGAAGAGUCUACACAAUCACUUGGCUCUACCGUUGGGACAAUGGGAUUUUCAGAUCCGGUUGGAGCUAUAUCGACACAGAGGGGACUUCAAGAAUCUGGUAACUGAGAUUUGGGUUUUUAGCUUUUGUAUGCGUCUUAAAGUGUGUUGUUGUUGUUGAUUCCUUUUUUUGUGUGUAAUUCCGAUGUAUUUUGAUGUAAUCUUCCUUUUGUGUAAAAACUAAAUAAUCUUUUUGGGGUAAUACAAUAUGUACCAAUAUCUGCCUUGGAUUUCGAAAAGAGUUCCUU